AUGUACCGAAUACCGCAUUCCGCACUUUUUUUGUGGAGUUUGGCACUGAUACCAGUACUUGCCGACGCUGAUUUCUACUUUCAAUGGCCAUCAAGCACAUCGCAAUGUCAAGCAGUCCCUAUAUCUUGGUCCAUGGGUCAACCACCUUUCAAAGUUUGGAUAAUACCUGUUUAUGGACAGCCAUUCUUCUAUGACAUCUCAGAUUCUUACUACUCGAACAGAACAGGGAAUACGGAAAUUCUGCUACAGCUAGCCGCUGGAGUCAAUUACGUGGUGCAGAUGGGUGAUGCCAAUGGGAUAUCAACAGGUGGAUCGUCAGAAGUACAAACUGUCCAAGCGGCCAACGAUUCCACUUGCUUGUCAACAGCUUCAAGUUAUUCAGCUUCUCUAGAUUUCACUUUCACGGUUUCAGGUCAAGCCGUCCAAUGUGAGAGAGGAUUCGAAUUAUCGUGGACAGGUGGAUUAGAAUAUGGACCUUAUAAUUUCACUGCAGUUGCUAUGGAUCAGAGUUUCAACGCGUUUGACGUUCCGUUAGAAAAAGGUGUGACGAGUGAGAGUGAUUGGGUAUUGGAUAUACCUGCUGAUUCAAGAUUUGUGGUCAUGAUGAAUUCUGCACAGGGAUAUGGAAGAGGUGGAACAUCCGGGAUAUACUCGGUUUCUAGUGGAAAUGAUAGUUCAUGUCUUGAUAUGGCGCCUCAACCUACCGGAUCAUGGCCCAAUUCGAUAACGACAGGUUCUCUUGAUCCUCCAACUUUACCCGUCACGCAAUCAGCCCAUUCCGGAGCAGGUCAUUCCGGAAUCUCAGGAGGUGGAAUAGCUGGUGUAGUCAUUGGUGUAGUAGCUGCUUUGGCACUGAUUCUUGUUAUACUUUUCUUCUUGCUUAGAAGGAGGAGGAAUAGAAUCCAAGGCCAAAGAACUGGAAAGAUCGAAAAUUCUCAUAUUGAUUUAGUGAAUGAUAAUGAGAGCAGGUCGGGUCAACCUAUGGUAGAACCAUAUAGAGAGUUGGGAAGUUUUCAUCCUCCAGAAGGUCAUUCAACGACUUCCGAUUCAAAUACAUAUCUCGGAUCUACUUCAACUUCAAGAGAAUCACAAGCUGGAUUUGCGAAUCUAGGAGCUCCUACAUCUGGUGGAUUAUCAAAUUCUCAUUCGAUAUCAAAUUCACAUGCACAUUCACACUCGGAAUCUAGGACACCGGAAUAUGGAGAUAAUAGAAACUCCUUAUUGAGUGAAGAAGAUAAUGGAUCAUGGGUACCUGGUAUAGCAGGACCUUUACCCACAAAAUCGAACCCCUCAUCGCCUGGACCCUUAUCCAGUCAAUCACCUUCCCACUCCUUCAAUCGUCCAACAACGUCUCACAGUAACGACUCAUCCAAACCUUUUCCUUCAUAUAUAGAUCGAUCACCGGGACCGGGUCAAGGACAAGGACAAGGACAUGGACAAACAAGUGCAAUGAGAGUGGUCAAUCCCGAAAACCCAGAAUCAAUACCUGCUUUACCACCGGGGGCGACCCAUGAACGUGCGAACCCGCCUCGAAGACGAGCAGAGGGUCCUACGUAUAGAAGACAUGCGGAUGCGGGAAGAUUCCAAGAGGAGAUAGUUGAUUUACCUCCCUUAUAUACCGAAGUGCCAAGAGAUGGACCAGUUAGAAAUGUAGAAGAAUAA